AUGAAUGGAAAUUGGAGGCCGAGCGAGCCAGUGCGGGUGGAUGUCUCCCAACCCAAAGGCUACUCCUUUCAGGUUGCGGCUCGUUUCGCUGAAGAGAAGAAGCCGAAGGCCUUGAACUCGAGGAUUGCACACCUCCGGCGGAUCCAUGCGCACUUGAUCGAGGACGAGCGGCCCAAGUCCGAUGAAGAGAACGAGGACGAAGGUGAGGCCGAGGAGGAACCGCAUGCAAAAAGCCCGACACCGGUCAUGCUCAGUCCUUAUGCUGCCCAAGAUGACGACCGCGCAGCUGUUCCUCGAAUGGAGGACGACUCGGAUGUCUUGGUGGGUAUCUGCGACUGGUGGGGGACUUUGCAUCCGCCCAUCAUUCCUCCGCCUGACGGGACGGGCGUGACACUGGACGAGAUACGCUUCCAGCAGUUGCAAGAAGUGGAGGAGAUCAAGCGGGUUUGUGCCCGAAGGAGCUAUCCCGUGAAUGUUGGAGUCCUGGAAAGAGCCCUGGUCAUGCCUGCGCACAAGCUCAAUCCUGGUCACCUGAAUGGCAUCUACAUCGUCAACACCAGCCCGGACCUGCUGUCGAAUCCUUUCUUGGCAAAGAAAAAGAAGAUCAAGAAGAAAAAGAAGCUCGGAAAGGGCAAGAAAUCCCGCAGCACCUCAGCAAAGAAAGGGAAAGGAAAGUGA